GCAGGGCGGUAGCGGCGGCGGCUUCCGGCCGAGCCCUCCUGCCUUCAACAAAGAUGGUGCUCCCCGCGCAAGCUCCGCGGGCGCCGGCGCGUCCUGGGUAGCUUCCCGCUCCCCUCGUGUUGCCAGAUGGAUGCCAGAGACAAGCAGCUUUUACGCUCCCUGCGCCUGGAGCUCUGCACAGAGGUGCUGGUGGAUGGACUCGUUAUUCAGUAUCUCUACCAAGAAGGGAUUCUCACAGACAGUCAUGUUCAAGAAAUAAAAGCCCAAACCACUAGUCAGAGGAAAACCAUGAUGCUCCUUGAUAUUCUCCCCACCAGAGGACCCAAAGCUUUUGAUGUGUUCUUGGAUUCCUUGCAGGAGUUCCCAUGGGUUAAGGACAAGCUGAUGCGGAAGCGUAAGGAAAUGACAAUACAAGAUCCUUCAGGUUCAUUCUGGGACAGUUGUCAUGUCAGCAGCAUCAUCUGGGAUACACAUAUCCACACAAGCCUGGAGGUCUUCAGCUUCAUCACUGUCUUGCAUUACUGCCUGUGGGUUAAUUAUGAACUCUUUCCACACACGGCUGGAAAAUACCAGAAUUUGGGAAAUACUGGAAUUUGGGAUCUAAUAACUUUGAUUAAUUAUUCCUGGAGCAUCAAAGCAUGCCUGUUCUUGGUGGGAAGAGGAAGGUGGUAAGAGAUUCUGUACUUCGAGGCAUUAAUUACCCUUCUGAUUUGGCACCAGCUAGCAUUUGUAUACCUCUCAGAUACAUACCAAUAAACAAAAUCCUUUUCUCCUGUUCUGUGCUGUAAGUGUAGCUUUUUGCUUUUAUUAUUGCUCAGUUUCUGUUGACUCUACAAGCUGUUGCCGCAACCCUUUUUCUUCUCAUGGAGUUCUCACUAUUUAGUUACUCAGACUCCUAAUUUAAUCUUGUGCAUAAAGAAAGCAUUUAUAUCAUCAUGUUAAAAAUGAAGAGCUACUCUCUGAAUGGAUUAGGUCCUGUGCUUGUUGAGUAAACUAAUACAGGAGCAGGAUAUAAAAUCCUAUACCCCUUACAUGAAUGUUCUCUUUACAUAAAUGCCCCCUUACAUGAAUUCUUAAGAGCCUCCUUUCUCCUUACCUGAUUCCAGUCAUGCCUGUACCACAACUUUUGAGCCUUUUCUCCAUUCUAGAUAGAUUUUUCUUUCUCAGUUGGCUCUUUUCCUGUUCAUAACCAUUUUAUAUAUCAGUCAACAUUUUAACAUAUAGUUGAUUUAAUUCUGGCAUGCAAAGCAUAUUGGUCAUUGUCAUGGUUUGACCCGGAAACAGGAUUUCUGGGAUGCUGUGGAUAGGGCCAAUGAGUGCUCAGAUUUGAAUAUUGCCAUCUGGCCCAACCACUGGGCAUUGGAUCCACCUCUGAGAACACAGGGUAAAAGCAGGGCUCUCCCCCUGGCAGUUUCUCUUUGGAUUUCCGGCAGGAAGGAGUUGGGUCUCUCCCCCGGCCCAGUUGCUGGCUGGACAGGGGCAGGGGAAAAGCCAUGCGGCCCGGCCCGGGAGAGGUAGGCCUGGCCCCCCCCCCCUCCAAGGGUGGAAGGAAGAAGUAAAGAAAUGCCGGGAAGCAAUGUGCAGCCCGUUCCCCCCCCUUGGAGACAGACAGAGAGAGAGAGUGCAGCCUGUGUUUGUGGCCAUUACCUUGAAAUGUAGUAAACAUGUGCUGGCAGCAGGCAGCCCGGCUGAGGAGAUGGGGGUGUGCAGCCAGGAGUCCAGCCGUUUGGAGUUUUUAACCCUUCUUGGACAAUGAAAACUUCACAGAACAUUAACCCUUCCUAGACGAGUGAUGAAGGUCUGGACCAGAGAGAGAGAGUGAGUGAGAGAUGUUGGAAGAAUGGAGAAGAUGGAGUGGCAUUUUAUGCUGGACUCUUUUGUGUAGCCAUGGACAGAGCCAUGUUUCCGUGUGAUACAGAGACUGAGUCCAGGGGGAGAAAUGUCCCAGAGCCAAAGAAGAUUCAGUGUGGGUACCCCUCGGCCCCAGGGGGUAUAUAAAAUAUGGGGGCCACAGAUGACCCAAAGGUGAGAUACUGUGCUCUUCUGGAACUGGACAAAGCAUCCUUAAAAAAAGAUAACCCUGGAAGCAGCCCUGAUUCCUGUUCGGUGGUGAGAGCACCGGAACAAGGACGGAAAAGGCCACCACGACACACGGAAGGACUCCCUCUCCUCUUGAGGAACUGAAAGUUGAGCAUUCUAAAGGGUUGUGCUGGACCCAGAACUGGUGAUUUUGGAAGACGUAUUGUAUUGGGAAUUUAGCGGGGAGGAGGAGGAGAGUGUUUUUGUGAGGUUUUCAUUUUCCUUGUGUUUUCUUUUCUUUUGUGUGUAGUUUAGUAAUUGUUUUUGUAGUUUAGUUAAUAAAUUUUUCUUUUUUUCAA